UCAGGCUCGCAGCGCAGGCGCAGUGCUCGCUCCCCGCCAUGUCGGACAAGAUGGCGGCGGCCGCGGCCUCCCCUCAGCCGCAGCCGGGCCCGGGGCCGCCGGCGGUAGCGGAGAGCGGAGCCCCGCGGCCCGGCGGCGGGGGGGAGGUGGAGGCCGAGGCGGAGGAGUUCGGGUGCCCCGCGCACUGCUCCGACCUGGCGUGGCGGCAGAACGAGCAGCGCCGCCACGGCCUCUACUGCGACAUCACCCUGGCGUUCGGCGGCGGGCGGCCCGGCCCGGCCCGCGAGUACCGGGCGCACCGCUCCGUGCUGGCCGCCGCCACCGAGUACUUCACCCCGCUGCUGUCGGGCGGCUUCGCCGAGUCGCGCUCGGGCCGCGUGGAGCUGCAGAAGUGGAGCUCGGAGGGCGGCCCCGACCCCGACACGGUGGAGGCCGUCAUCGGGUUCAUGUACACCGGCACCAUCCGCGUGAGCCCCGGGAACGUGCAUGAGGUGCUGGAGAUGGCGGACAGGUUCCUCCUGGCCCGGCUGAAGGAGUUCUGCGGGGAGUUCCUGAAGAAGAAGCUGAACCUCUCCAACUGCGUGGCGGUUCACAGCCUGGCGCACAUGUACUCCCUGAACCAGCUGGCCCUCAAAGCGCAGGACAUGAUCAGGAGGAACUUCUACAGGGUCAUCCAGGACGAGGAGUUCUACACGCUGCCCUUCCACCUGGUCAGGGACUGGCUCUCGGACUCGGAGAUCACGGUGGACUCUGAAGAAGUCCUCUUUGAGACUGUGCUGAGGUGGGUGCAGAAGAGCCCCGAGGAAAGAGAGAGGUACUUUGAGGAUCUCUUUAAACUGCUCAGGUUGUCCCAGAUGAAGCCCACUUACCUUACUCGCCACGUCAAGUCGGAAAGGCUGGUGUCGAGCAACGAAGCCUGUGUUAAAUUAGUGGCUGAAGCCGUGGAGAGCCAUGCCUUGAGGUCCGAGAACUUGCAGCCUGGUAACUUGCAGCAUUCCGCUUGUCCUGUAGCGUUGCUGCCGCGGUUUGGGCAGAACAUGGAUGUCAUUAUGGUCAUUGGUGGCGUGUCGGAGGGAGGGGAUUACUUGAGUGAGUGCGUAGGGUAUUUCAUCGAUGAAGAUAGGUGGGUAAACUUACCCCACAUCCAUAACCACCUCGAUGGGCACGCGGUUGCCGUGACGGAAUCGUACGUGUAUGUGGCUGGCUCCAUGGAACCAGGGUUUGCCAAGACUGUAGAAAGGUACAAUCCAAACAGGAAUAUCUGGGAGCAAGUCUCCAACCUGCUAACCAGAAAGCAUUCCUUUGGCCUUACUGAAGUGAGAGGCAGCUUGUACAGUAUCGGUGGGCAUGGCAAUUUCAGCCCUGGCUUUAAAGAUGUGGCCGUUUAUAACCCUGAGCAGGACAAAUGGCUUAACCUGGAGUCAGCCCCCAAGAUCCUUCGGGAUGUCAAAGCUGUUUCUGUAGAAGACCGUUUCAUUUAUGUCGCUGCUCGAACCCCGGUUGACAGGGAUAGUGAAGAUGGGCUGAGGGCAGUCAUUAUCAGAUACGAUGCUGACACGAGGCAGUGGCAGGACGUGGAGUCCCUGCCUCUCAUUGAUAACUAUUGCUCUUUUCAGAUGUCUGUGGCUAACACGAACUUUUACCACACAGCAUCGUGCUGCCCCAAGAGUUACCCUAUAGAUAAUGAGGAGGCCAAGGUAAAGAUCUCUGGCAGGGCCUCAGAUGAAAUACUUGAAAGCUUACCCCCAGAGGUGCUUAGCAUUGAAGGAGCAGCUAUUUGUUAUUAUAAAGAUGAUGUGUUUAUCAUUGGGGGGUGGAAAAACAGCGAUGAUAUUGACAAGCAGUACAGGAAGGAGGCCUACCGUUACUGUGCGGAGAGAAAGCGCUGGAUGCUUUUGCCUCCUAUGCCUCAGCCUCGGUGCAGAGCAACAGCCUGCCACGUGAGGAUUCCCUUCAGGUGCUUGCAGGGCACGCAGAGAUACCCUAUGCCACAAAAUCUCAUGUGGCAAAAGGACAGAAUAAGGCAAAUGCAGGAAAGGCAGAUGCAGGAAAUACACCGGCACUCCCUGAGCUUGCGGAGGAUCCCCCGCUCGCAGAUAGAGUGCUAGCUCAUGGAGCAUCACUCCUGAUGAGCCUAGAAAGUGGUGUCUUGUUCGGCUGGAGAUGUCUUUAUAAGACAUGAGGGUGUUGGUUUGGUUUGAUGCAUAAAACCAGCAUCUUCUAUGUAUUGAGUAUUAAGAAGCUCAGAAAUGGAGGAUGGAUGGGAAUUGAGGAGCUAUGUGAAUCCAACAGUAUUACUCAGUGGUGCCCAGGGAGAAGCCGUGGCCUGUAUCGGGCUGUGAGGUAUCUUUGGGAACAUUAUGUUUGUUACUUCUCUCUUGGGAUCUUUGUUUUCAAGGACUUCUGUGGAGUUGGGCUCCAGCAGUUGCAUUUUGAAAAUCAAAGAUCCUUAUUGUAAUAAUUCAGUGGUUACAUUUGUAUGUGCUUGAAAGCACCUCUCCUCUUUUAUUUGCACUUAUCUAUUGACAUUCCUUUGAGUCUCUCCUCCUCAGUGACUAAACUUCACAUGCAGUUUGUGUUCAUGUACUUCGCUUUCCCACGCUGGAGGCAAGUGCAAUAGUUAUGUCUAUAUAUGAAAACAAAAGCACAAUCUUUCCUUGCCAACUUACUGCAGGAUGUUUCUAUGUGUAUUCAAUAUUUUGUAUUUGUCUGUUGUAGAGAGGCUGCAGCGUUUGCUUGUGAAUGGAUGGUUGGUAGAACACAAGACCCUUGCUAGAGCAGAGAACUUGAGGCAGUAAAGAAGAUGCUUUGUCUUUGACAGCUUCGUUAGGAACUGGGGUCAACAUCAGCCUGAGAAAAGGAGUGAAAACCACCAAAGUACCACCCGCCAGCACGGACUGGUUCCUGCUGUCAGUGUGGAGUAGUGAGAAUGAGGGUGUUUCACAGUAACGGCCUGAAACCGGAGCUGGUUGUAGAUCCUUCCUCGCGUGUUGCACACCUUUUAAGCCUAAUGAAAAGGUGAUUAGAAGAACCCCCGUGAGCCUGUUUCCAGCCUGUCUGUGACAAUCAGAACUCUUUGCCUUCGGUACCCUGUCCCUCGUGCUGCAGGGUCCAUCACAAAUCCAUACUUGGUGUCCUCUUGAAGCGAGACACUUGAGUUUCCGUAGUGUCUCAACAGGUGAAUUUCCCCACUUAGUGUGGUGGGAAGAUUGAAGCUGAUUUCAAUACCUUUCGGUGUGCUGAGGGGGUUUUACAUAAACCAGUGCCCUGACUGGCUCUGGUUCGCUUCCUGCUGGGCUCCUAAGGAACAGAAAUGGAAGAUUUCCUUCAGAGUAAACGGUUCCUGUCCCACCGAACACUCCUCCUCCCUGAUCCCAAGAGCUCCAGGACGGUUGAGGUUACUGGCAGAUUGAAUGCAUCCUUCCUCCCUUCAUUUCUUCCCCAUCCUUCCCUUCGUUUGAAUGUUCCAGGCGUUCACAUGCAGCUAACUCAGGAUCUUAGGGAAGGGAAAGGGAGGAGUAAGCAGGGUGUUCCAGAAUUUGUCUAGACAAACCUUGUUGGAGAAUGUAUUUACUGUCUUUGGUUCUUAGCAUGGUUUUCUGGUGGUUUUGAUGGGGGCAACUUCUUUGCAAAAGAACUUCUAAACAGUUUGGCUUUUUGUUUUGUUUUGUUUUAACUGUUUAGCUUUCUGAGCUGAUACUUCCCAUUUCCCAAUUCAGCACCAACCUAGAUCAGAGCUGAAACACUGGGUAAGUCUUUCAACCACACAGUGUGUCAAGGUUUCUCUGAUGUGUACAACCCUUUCUGCUCUGCUUUGCAGUUGCCACUUUGGAGAUCAGUAACUUGUCUUUUUGUAAGAGAAGAAUCUAGCCUUGGUUUAAAAAGAAAAGAAGUUGAAAAUCCUAACAGUUUGUCUCAAUUUACUCACCUGUAGUAACUCUGUUGUAUUUUCUUUGCCUGUCAGAUUGUUAGGGCAGAUGAAAUUGUAUGAUGCUGGCCUAAGAGAACAAGUAGGUAAUGCUUGCUCAGGUUUAAGGCUGAUGUCCAGAAGUGACUGUUACCAAAUCAGCCUGUGAGCAAGGGCUUACUCAGUGGAGUUUGGCCCAUGAGCUCUUGUGGGUUUGGCUUGAGUAGUUUAAGAACUGGAGCUAAAUCCACUGAUUUAACUUUAAUUUGUGGGAGCUGAUUUCAAGAUAUUUCACCAGACUUUGCACAGAAAAAAUGGAGAAGAGGUUUUGUGCUCUACCCGCUGACUUGGCUGUAGGGGUUUGACAAGCAGCUGUAGGAUGGUGUAUAUCAGCCCAGCCCAGCUCUGUCAAAGCCCUCUUGUGGUCUGCCAAUUAAUAUGGACAAUAUAUAGGGAGAAAUCCCAAGGUUAUUUCUGGUGGAAGAUGACUAGUUUAACAUGUGGCAGCAUGCGACCAAAUUCAAUACAAGAACAAACUUACUGCAGUCAUUCUUUUCCUAAGCAAAACUGAUACUGCACUUACCAUGAGAACUUUUGGCUAACACACAGGCUCCAUAGUUUACUAAAAACAUUCCACUCCAAGAUAGUGUCCAAACAGCUUUAGCAUCCAGAGCACGGGAAUGCCAGCCGUGAUUCCAUCCGUGAUGCACUGUACCCGUGUGCUGUGUCUGCAUGGUGAGUGAGGGGCACAGCUGCACUUGCUCAAACUCUUGCUAUGCUGGUUCUAUGGAUUUUUAAAGUCAUUGGGUUUGUUUUGGGGUCUUUUAACCUUGACUUUAAAUGGACCAAUUGCAUUGCACAUGGGUUUUAACUGACAACUCUAACUACCCGUUGUAUCACAUGUAGGUGUUUGGAAGAGCUGCAUUAUUGGCUCUGUGUUGUAGCCCACUAACCUGUGAGGCUCACAACUCCCCUGACUGCCGUAGCUUGCUGGCUCUCAAUAAAAUGAUCCUAGAAGCAGAAGCCUGGAGAUUCUUUCAGUGUGUCUAUAGUGGCCAGUUCCAUGUCAGCAAGAUCCUAGUGUGUAUGCAGUAAGUAUUGGAAGGCCAACUUUUGGCUUUACUAACGUAAAAGAGCACUGGGAGGAGUUUUCCCUCCUCCUCAUGACAAUCACACUCCUCCACCUGUACUGAGUAUGUGCCACACAAUGCAUGUUUCAUGUCCUGUCUUCCUGCUCAGAGCAUCAGUGGAGUAGGACACAUCCUGCCUCACACUCGGCAGUCAGUGUAGUAAUUUCUAGGUGCCACGUGUGUACAUAGUAUUUUCUAACUACCUGAAUACUCUGUUAGUACGCUGGGUUUGUAAUGAAGACAUGCCAACUUUUUAGCAUGCAUUAUGAAUAGCCAUGCCAAGCAUUCUGCAGUACUAUUUUCAACAGCAUCUUUCUCCAUCACAGUCAAUGUUAACAUGAGAGCUAUUGGCUCAACUUGUGUGUCAGGGAAUCCACUGCUCUGUACUGACAAACUGAGUCACAAAGCAUUGCAACUGUUUGGGUUCUGUUUAACACAACCUAGUUAACAGUACAUUGUAACUCUCAGUGGGCUUAAAAAAGCAAGCUUCAAGUAAGUGGUGUAUGGCUUAGAUUUAUUGCCAGCUGUGUCCACGUUACGCAGGGUAUACAUCAUAUCUCCACUUGUCAGUCCUGAAGUGGAAGUCUGCUAAAACAGGUGCUCUUGAGGAUCUAAUCCUGUUACUAACAUGAAUGUAAAGUGUGGAACUAACGAGGUGGUUGAAGACCAUUAAUAGUCAGAUGCUCCUCAUAGGUGCGUGUCACUGUGGAUCACGGCAGCGGUGCUCUCCUGUGUUAAUGUAGACUUCCAUGAGUGCCUGGGGAGGAGCAUGCCUGUACUGGCUUCCAGUAAGGUAACGUAGUGUGUGUGCAUCUAGGUUUGAAACAAACCCUACUGUCACGUUCUUUACCUUGAAUACACUGUACUAAAGUUCACUGUAAGAGGUGGAUUAAUGAAAAUAAACCUUUUAUUUCUCUAGCA